AUGGCGUUCACUUCCUCAACACUAACACAAAAGAAGAAGGUUUUAUUCAUAAUGGGUGCAACUGGGACUGGAAAAACUAAACUUUCCAUCAACAUAGGUCUUCAAUUCUUCUCUGAAAUCAUUAAUUCAGACAAAAUUCAAGUCUAUAAGGGUCUUGACAUUGUAACCAAUAAGAUAGCAGAAUCUGAAAAAUAUUCGAUUCCACACCAUAUGUUAGGUAUCAUCGACAAUCCUGAUUAUGAUUUCACUGUGAAUGAUUUUUGCAAGCAAGUGCUUGAAACCUUAGAUGUCAUUAUAGAAAAUGGGCAUCUCCCAAUUAUUGUAGGUGGAUCAAAUUCUUACAUACAAGUAUUAGUCGAUGACCCAAUUCAUUCAUUUCGUUUAAAAUAUGAUUGUUGUUUCAUUUGGGUGGAUGUGGAUUUGUCUAUUUUGUUUCCUUAUUUAGAUAAAAGAGUUGAUGAAAUGGUUGAGGCGGGUCUUGUUAAUGAAAUUCGAGAAUUUUUUGUACCCGGAGAAAAUUGUACAAGAGGAAUUAGAAGAGCAAUUGGUGUCCCUGAACUUCAAAGUUAUUUUGAGAUAGAAAAUGACGAAAAUAUUGAUGAAGGUCAUAAAGAAAAGAUACUCAUGGAAGCUAUUGCAAAAACUAAAGAAAACACAUGCAAAUUGGUUAAAAAUCAACUCCUAAAGCUUGAUAAGAUGGUUAAUAAACUUGGGUGGAACAUGCACAAAAUUGAUUCUACAAAAGUAUUUGAAGCUAUUUUAAAGAGAGAAGACUAUAAACAUUUGUAUCAAGAAAUUGUGGUUAAGCCGAGCCUUGAGAUAGUUAAGAGGUUUUUAGAGGAGACAACUCAGACAAACACAAUAUGA